CACAACGUCACGCAGCUUGCAUCGAUCAGCUGCAUCGCUCAGCUGGCCUCGACACAAACCGCCUCAAUACCCUCUCUGGCGACAACAAGGGCGACCGACCUCUUCCUCCUGUGUUUUUCCCAAGGCAGCUGCAGGGCUGGUGUCUGAUACCUGGGCAGUAUAUUGGUUCACAGCCCUGCCUGCGUCCGCUCAUGCAGCCUCGAAUCCUUCCUGCCGCCCCGUUCCCUUGAAAAUCCCCCCAAGCUCUGGCCAUGGCCGCAGACACGGCGCCCCUCGCCUCGCUCUCCCUGACGCACGUCUACUAUGACCCCUCCGACCCUGUCUCGUACGUCUGUGCCUGGCUGGCCCUGGUGCCCCAGGCGCUCUGCGUCGUCUACGCCACCCUGAUCUGGUCCUCGCGCGAGGCCGAGGUCGCCCUCAUGUUCGCCGGCCAGCUCGCCUGCGAGGCCGUCAACUUUGCCCUCAAGCGCCUCAUCAAGGAGGAGAGGCCGCGCCGCAUCCACGGCAAGGGCUACGGCAUGCCCUCGUCGCACGCCCAGUUCGUCGCCUUCUGGGCCCUCAGCCUCGCCCUUUUCCUGCUCGUCAGGCACCGGCCCCGCAACAGCGCUGCUGCUGUUUCUACCGCCAAGGGCGGCAAGAACAUGGGUAGCCAAGGUGGAGGGAAUGAGACGACGGCGACGGCGGAGGAAGACAAGAAUACGGCGAUAGCAGCAGCAGCAGCAGCAGCAGCAGCCAAAACCCCUCCCGCCUCGGCCACGGCGGCCGCCGUGGCCUGGGAGCGGUGGCAGCAGGCCCAGAGCGACCUGCAGGAGCUAUACGGUGUCGACCGCUACCCGCACCGGCCGUGGUCGGUGCCCGAGCGGCUGGCCGCGUCGGCCGUGGCCUUUGGGCUCGCCGGCCUCGUGGCCUGGAGCCGCGUCUACCUGGGCUACCACACAACGCGCCAGGUCCUGGUCGGCCUGGCCGCGGGGCUCGCCAGCGCCGCCGCCUGGUUCGCGCUCACGGCCGCCGCCCGCUCCUGCGGCCUGCUCGGCUGGGCCGUCGGCCUGCCCGCCGCCCGCCUGCUGCGCCUACGCGACCUCGUCGUUGAGGAGGACUUAUGCCAGGCCGGCUGGGAGAAGUGGGAGGAGCGGAGGCGCGUGCGCGCCGCAGAGGUCGCUGCCGCCGCCGGAGGCGUCAAGGUUGUCGAUGAUGCCGCCGCAGACGGCGGCGGUGAUGCUUCUGGCGCGGGUGAUGACGGCGGUGGUGCUACGAGGAGGACCAAGAAAGCCUGAGCCGACGGGAGAAGGCUUUUUUUUUUGUUCCACUCUUGUUCCUCCUGAAAGGCAUCGUGUUCCGUCUUUAUACGCGUGGCGUCAUCUCAAUAUGCAUAAACUCGCUUGGCACAUUCUUUCGUGCACUCGGUAUCCUGGCGCAAUCUGAAAACGACUGACCUGCAUCGGCAAAUAUCCAAAGCAUCACCUUUUUUUUUUUUGUUGUUGACCAUUUUCACUUUUGCUCCUGCCAAAUCUUCCCGCUCGAGCAUGUUCAUGUAAAUUGCAUUUUCGUUCGUGUGGCAAGGUAUUCAACCUCUAGGUACAUACAGUGCCAGUCGACCUCGACCCCCCCCGCAGUCUUGGCCUCCUGUCCCGUCCUUCAUCGGCCCGGCACAUCCCGCCUUGGUCCCGUCUUCUUCUCC